UUGAAUCUUUUUUAUUUAUUUUUUGAAGCCCUGAAGAAGAAGGAAUCGACAUUCAACUCCCAUUUUCCUCGUUCUUCAAAUUUGAUUAAUCAACGACGAUAACAAAGACGACGGUAAGACCGUUGACCCUGAGAUUUAGGUUCUUUUUUCCGUUUGAUUUUUGAUCGGAGAAAGAAGAGAGAAGAACAACUUUCAAUUCCAUUAUUUUUGGAGUAGGUUCUUAUUUUUCUUUCUGGGGUUGGUCAAUGCCAUUGUUAUUUUGCUUCUUGAUCUGUAUUAUUGCAUAAAUUCCUAACUUCUAUGAAUGGAAAUGGAUAGUAAAACUAGAUAUGUUGAAUUGCAAUCCCAGAUUGAUAUUCAAAACCCCAGAUCGGCUGAUCCAAAACAUUCAAAUUAUCCCCAUAAUGAGGAAGGUUUGGUUGGAUCCAAAACAUUGAAUGGGUAUACGGAUGAUAAGGAUGAUCUCUUCAAUGAUUUGGAUUUUGAUGUUGAUAGCCAUCCGCUUAUCACUGGGGAGCCUCGAGGUGAGUCGAGGAUUUCAGGGGCUGUUUUUAAUCUCACGACCUCGAUUAUUGGAGCUGGGAUUAUGGCUUUACCUGCCACCAUGAAAGUUCUUGGAGUUGUUUUGGGGUUUGUUUUGAUAGUUUUGAUUGGUAUUUUAUCUGAAUUUAGUGUUGAAUUGUUAGUGAGAUUUUUGGUUAUUUCUAAAUCUUUGUCGUAUGGAGAGGUUGUUCAGUGUGCAUUUGGGAGAUCUAUGAAGGUUCUGACUGAAAUCUGUAUAAUUGUGAACAAUGCUGGUGUUUUGGUUGUUUAUUUGAUUAUUAUGGGUGAUGUUAUGUCUGGUUCUGUUCGUCAUAUUGGGGUUUUUGAUCAGUGGUUGGGGCAUGGAUUUUGGGAUCACAGAAAGCUUUUGAUUUUGGUUGUGUUGGUGGUUUUUCUAGCACCCCUUUGUGCUCUAAACAAGAUUGAUUCCUUGAGUUUGACUUCUGCUGCUUCGGUUGCUCUCGCCGUCAUCUUUGUUAUAGUUGCUUGUGCUAUUGCUUUGAUUAAGCUUGUAGAAGGAAAGAUUGAGCCUCCAAGAAUGAGUCCUGAUUUCGGAUCCAAAAAGGCGAUUUUAGACCUCCUUGUGGUGGUUCCAAUAAUGACCAAUGCUUAUGUCUGUCAUUUCAACGUGCCGCCUAUAUAUAACGAGCUUGAAACAAGGUCUCCACAGAAGAUGAAUACAGUGGGGAGGAUCACAACCGUGAUAUGUAUUGUGGUUUAUGCUUUGACUGCCAUAUCUGGUUAUUUACUUUUUGGAAAUGAUACCGAGUCCGAUGUGCUGACGAAUUUUGACAGGGAUCUAGGAAUUCGAUUCAGCUCCGCGUUGAAUUACAUUGUUCGAAUUGGAUAUAUUCUUCAUUUAGUUCUUGUUUUUCCAGUUAUCCAUUUCUCUUUACGCCAAACUGUCGAUAACUUGGUAUUCGAGGGGUCGGCACCACUUUUAGAGAGUAGGAAGAGGUCUCUGACCUUGACAGUUGUGUUAUUGGCACUGAUCUAUAUUGGUUCAACCAUGAUUCCCAACAUUUGGACGGCCUUUAAAUUUACAGGGGCAACAACAGCAGUCUCUCUGGGAUUCAUAUUUCCAUCAGUUAUUGCAUUAAAACUAAGCAAGAAGAGUGGGCAGGGGAGCUUGAACGCAACAGAAAAGCUCUUAUCAUGGUUGAUGUUAGGGCUGGCUAUCAUUGUUGGUAUUGUUGGAUUGAUUGGUAAUAUCUACAGCUUAAGCAAUCGGUCCUGAGUAACCAUUCUUUUUAAGUGUUUAUAUUUUUGCAUAAGACUUGUCAAUUCAUGUUAAUUGAUCUUCCAGAGCUAGAUUUAUUUGGUGCUCUAUUUGCUACCACGACUGCAUCGUUCAGGAACUCGUACACAAAUGGCAUUGCUCGAGGUAUGGAAAAGGAUAGUUUUGUUUUGCAGCAUUGCUCGAGAGAUUUGCAACCAUUACUGAGAGAGUGAUGUACCCUAUCAUUUGAAUAUUGCAUGGAUAAAUUAGUGAAGGAGUCAAAAUUUUCUCGAACAAAAUACUAUGUAACUUAAAAUUUUGAUAUUGUUUUGCAACUGCAAUUUUGCAGAAGUGAAAGUAUCAGCUCUUAGAAGGUAAAUUUACUUUUAUUCAAUGCAAACUCAUUCUGAUCAAA